CUCAGGACGGAGAUAGACACGUGUGCGCGCAGCUGAGAGUGCACCGUGCGCGCGCGCUCACCCGUCACUGGAGACGAAAAAAUGGUGGCCAGCGCUCGAGUGCUGAAGCUUCUCCGACGAUAUAAACUAGCGAUUGCUGCCGCUUUGACUAUCCUCCUGAUUCAAGGGCUUGUAGUAUGGAGUCUGAGAAGUCUGGAAGAGGGCGAGGCAGAGCGAAAAACACGACGGUCUAAGCUGCCUGACCACAACAGCCAAAACCCCAAGAGAGACCCUACACUUUGGGAUAAACAGAGGCUUUUGUCAGGAAGGAACAGGGGCAGAGGAGGAAAGUCCAGCAAGCUAAAGACUCCUCAGGAGCGUGGGAUGGUGGCUGGACUGGACCAUGUAGUCCCUCACGACUUGUCGAGCAGCCGUAACUUCAGUGAGAGCCGGGGUGGUCCAGAUGGGGUGGUUAAGUUACCUGCUACUGCUGUACCGGGGGAGCCGGGUAGCGUGGACGGGGCACACCAAGCCCCCAGCAAUGACUUUGUGCCUAAAUGUGAUAUCACGGGCAAGGACGCCCUGUCUGCCCUCCAUCGCGCCAGGUCUCAGCAGUGCCAACAGGAGAUCACCAGCAUCGUGUGUCAGCAUCAGGCUGGGCAGCUCAUGCCAAAAACACUUCCUCAGUUCUGCCCACAGCUCGUUGUAUCAAAUCCCGUCCAGGCCGUUGGUGAGCUGGACAACAGCUUAUCCAAAGUGGAGAACCCUGUCAGGGUGGCUUUUGUUCUGAUGGUCCACGGCCGUGCUGUACGGCAGCUCAAGCGCCUAAUUAAAGCCAUAUUCCACCGUGACCACUACUACUACAUCCAUGUGGACAAGAGGUCCAGCUACAUGCAUCGAGAGGUCCUGCAGAUAGCUCAGCAGUUCCCAAAUGUGCGAGUCACCCCCUGGCGGAUGGUCACCAUCUGGGGCGGUGCCAGCCUACUGAAGGCCUACCUACGCAGCAUGCAGGACCUUCUGUCCAUUCUGGAUUGGAAGUGGGAUUUUUUCAUCAAUCUCAGCGCCACAGACUUUCCCACCAGGACCAAUGAUGAACUGGUGGCGUUCCUCUCACAGCACAGAGACAAGAACUUCCUCAAGUCACAUGGAAGAGAGAAUUCCCGGUUCAUUAAGAAGCAGGGCCUUGACCGUCUCUUCCAUGAGUGUGACAAUCACAUGUGGCGCCUUGGCGAACGCAGCAUUCCUGAAGGCCUGGAGGUCUCAGGUGGCUCUGACUGGUUUGCACUCACCCGCCGCUUCGUGGAUUACGUCAUCAACUCCAAGGAUGACCUGGUGUCAGGGCUGAAGCAGUUCUAUUCCUACGCUCUGCUCCCUGCUGAGUCCUUCUUCCACACGGUGCUGGGGAACAGUCAUAUGUGUGACACACUGGAGGACAAUAACCUGCGUGUAACCAACUGGAAUCGCAAACUGGGCUGUAAAUGCCAGUACAAGCACAUUGUCGACUGGUGUGGCUGCUCGCCCAAUGAUUUCAAACCACAAGACCUCAUCCGGAUUCAGCAAUUGACCCGUCCGACAUUCUUUGCUCGUAAGUUUGAGUCAACAGUGAACCAGGAGGCCAUAGACAUCCUGGACACUCACCUGUAUGGCCAGUAUGCCCCGGGCACCGUUGCCAUCAAAGCAUACUGGGAGAGCCUGUUUGAGCAUUUGGAUGGCACUGUCGCUCUCAGUGAUGUGGCUCUCACUGCUUACACUUCCUUCUUUCGCCUGGGCCUGAAGAGUCUGACAGCUGCUCAGAGCAACACGGAGGCUUGCAGGUUUGAACCAGCAGGCCACCCUCUGUCGGUACACUUGUAUUUUUAUGAUGACUAUUUCCAGGGUUACCUGGUGCGUCAGGAAGCCCAGGCCGUUGGGUCAGAGGUCAGGGAGAUGCUCGAGAUCUGGGCUGUGCCGCAGGCUACCCUGGUCCUUGAGACAAACCUUAAGGAGUUUGAAAGACUCAAGAAGCUUGAAAUUGGCACAGAGUGGGAUCCAAAGGAAAGGAUCUUCCGUAACUUUGGUGGGUUGAUGGGCCCUUUGGAUGAACCCCUGGCUGUCCAGAAGUGGGCCCGUGGUCCCAACCUCACAGCCACUAUUGUGUGGAUUGACCCAGCUUUAGUGGUAGCAGCAUCUUAUGACAUUACAGUGGAUGCAGAUGCAGAGUACACUCAGUAUAACCCGCCGCUGCAGCGCCCCCUGCGGCCCGGGGCCUGGACUGUACGGGUAUUAAAGCAAUGGCAGCGAGUUGCAGAAGUUCGUUUUCUUGUCAUGCCAUUAACCUUCAAAGACAAGGAGCCACUACGUAAAGAAGAGGACCGCUUGCUCCAUGCAGGACCCCCAGGGAACCUAUACCUGGAGCAGAGCUUCCAGCAGCUGAGUGCCGUUCUGAAGCUGCCUUCCCAGGAGUCCGCCAUGCGGGAGGCCCAGCGUAAUGCCCAGCUCAUGGGUAAGUCCCUUGAAGCGUGGGUGGACAGUAGCAUGGGGACCUUCUGGGUUACUGGCAAUGUGUGCGCCCAGCAGACUUCCUCUUGCCCAGCAUUGGGACUUUGCUUCAAAACCUCCUGGAGCUCCUUAUCUCCAGAUCCCAAAUCUGAACUGGGCCCAGUUAAAAGUGAUGGGCGGAUCAGGUAGCCCCAAGAGAGGAGAACCUGCAGACUUCAAUACAUACACAGGAAGACUCUGGGAGAGCUGGACCUGCACUGGAGAUCUCCCAGAGAACCUGUGUGAGCCAGAUCUUAUCUCCAAGGUCAGCUCAGAGCUCAAGGGUACAUAAACAACAAGGCAUCUUCCUGCACUAAGGAGUCGAGACACUCUUGGAGGAGUGGAAAUACAGACCUGAAAGAAGAGGUUACGACUACUGGAAAUUUGCACUUACAAGAUUACAAUUGCAAAGUCUUGUGUUGCUGUUCACUGAACCGAUACAUGGGUGCAAGACGUAUGGCACAGGCUUUCAGUCGGGGUCUGUCUGGAUCAGGGUUUGAACAGAACCUUCUGCAGAUGUUUGAACUCGGCACAGUUUUCUUUUCUGCCUUGAAAGAAUUAGAAAUUUUGUCAGAAGUCAACAACAGGCUCCUCGCUGUGUUCUGUCUUCAUUUCAAGGGAGAGCAGAACCUAUGGAUCAUAUUAUUGUGCUUAUUUUGAAGCAUUUUUACAUAAUCACAAGGAGCAGACAAAUGUUUUGCACUUUACUAUAAGAUUGUGAUGUUACACAGAAGUCACUCAGUUACAGUGUGAGGAGUAGAAGUAAAGAAGUCAUGAAUAAGGUCACAUCAUUUGUUUUUAUUAUGCACUAGGCUCUGAGACAGGUACGUAACUGCACUGUCACUCCUUGUUACACAGACACAUCAGUAAAUACUUGGACUGUAAUCUGCGUUCGUACAAAGGGUGGGGUGUUUAGGUUUAGAGACUUAUGUUUGGUGCAGCAUAUCAUUUCAAAAACAUGUAAUAUUUUUUGUAUGCUUUGUCCAUUAGUUUCCUUUAACUAUUUAUCCGUUCAGAAUAGUGUUCCUGGUCAGAGGAAGUGCCUAGACAGCUGCAGACAGUGCGGCUGCAUUCAGAACUCCUCAGAAAUGGCUGAAGUCCAUGCGCGGUUUAAAUGUGCUGUUGUCAGAAGUUCCAGAACAAACAAGAGGACCCCGACUUGCUGCUGUCGAAAUCCUGACGGUGCUGCAACGAUUCCUCAGUUAACCGACCAGUCGGUCGAUUAAAACAAUCAGCUGCUCUUUGGGGAAUCAAAUAAUAAGUUAGUACAUUUUUCAAGAAAAAGCAAAACAUUUACUGAUCUCGUAUAUGAAAUUGUUGCUCUUCUCGAUCUUACUAUAGAUUCAAUAUUUGAGUUUUUGGACUGUUAGUUGGACAAAAUAUGACAUUUGAUGAUGUCACCUUGGACUCCAGGAUGUGGUGAAGGGUGCUUUUCACCAUUUUCUGGUACUUUAUUGAAACCAGCAAGUCAUUGGUUAAUCAUUUCAAUAAACCUCAGAUUAAUUGAUAAUAAAAAUAACCAUUGGUUGCAGCCCUAAAAUAAUUUGUCACUCAGUGGCCAGUUUAGCAAGAUGAGGAAAAUUUUGAUGAAACUUGGGGGAAAAUUUUGGGAAACAUGCUUUUUCACAUUCUUACUUGAGAGUUUGUUCAAGUACAAAGCUUGAUAGCGCACACAUGAGCUAAAUAUGAAGCUACAGCCACCAGCGGGCUAACUUCUAGCUAGCCUGGUUCUGUACAGAGGGAACCAGGGGUUUGGCUUUCUCUGUUGAGACCAGUAAUAUCAAGACCUGCAGGUUGCUUAGCAACAGGUCUUGAUCAUGUAGCCCAGCACUAGUGAUUUUUAGACGUGUCCUGGUGGAUUUUGUUGGUUUCCUGCCGUUUCCACCCGUUUCGCUGUGCUAAGCUAAGCUAACUAGCUGCUGACUGUAGUUUCAUAAUAACUGUUCCAGUAGGAACCAAUCUUUUCAUCAAGAUGACAAAAGCAAGACUUUCAAACUCUAAACGUGGUUAGAUAUCAAGUUAGUUGGUCAACAGCAGACGUUAUGUUUAGGUUUGGGUAAGUCAAGCUGCCUUUACUUAGAAAAUUUAAUCGUUUACUAUGGGACUGUCGCUUCCACAGAUGUGCAAUUCAUGCCUUUUCAGAGGAUAGUGACCCCUCUUCUUUCUUAGAUUGUGUUUUUACCUAGUGUUAUGUGACCUUUUGUUAUGUUUGUUUUCAAGUGACCUUGUUUACAUUGCACAGUACAGUUGCUUCAGUGAAGCCCCAGUUUUACCGAGGUAGGAGCGGCAUAACAGAUGUUAUUUUUCUACACUGUUUUAGAGGAUGUUUUGUCCGUUCAUCUCCAGUGCUCUGGUAAAUUGCUGUCUACUUCUGUUGUGAUUGCCAGUCCACCUAUUCAGUGUGAUUUGAAGCAGGCCUUCAGUUUUUAGUGGGGGCGGGAUGUUGAGGUUUCCAUACAUGCUGCUCGUGUCUGAGUAGGGACCUUCAGCCUGUCACUGUAAGCCACAGGAGAUGCAUUCUGACUCAUGGACUCAAUAAAAACACUUCAAUGAA